AUGUAUAAUCGAAUUGGCAAUGAGGAAAUAAGUUUUUUUGUAGAAACAGCAAGGACAUUGUGGCUUAGGAGAAACCAUUUGGUUUUUGAAGGGGAUCUUUUAUCACCAGCAAGUGUAUUCACUAGAUCCCAACAGACACAACAAAAGUUCAUUCAAACACAACUGUUGGAUCGAGUGCCACAAAGACCACAACAACAACAAGUUAGAACAUCAUGGAAAGCUCCUUCUGCAGAUUGGUUAAAAAUAAACUGGUAUGUAGCAGUUAGAGAAGUUGAUCAUAGAAUUGGUAUUGGAGUGGUGAUCCGAUACAAUGAAGGGGAUGUUCUAUUCACUCUAAGGCAAUCACUUUAUUUUUGUUCUCAACCAUCUACUGCAGAAGCAAUGGGCUUAGUAACUGUUGCAUUGUUGUGUAUGGAGUUGGAACUGAAACAAGUCAUCUUAGAGGGGGACUCAAGUCAUGUUGUUAAUGCUAUGAGACAAGGUAAGGAUCACAAUGGGAUGCUGAGUUGCUUGGUGGAGGAUGCUAAGGCUGCCUUGAAGAAAACAAACUGGGAAAUUCAACAUGUCAAAAGAGAAGCAAAUAAGGUGGCACAUUACUUGGCUCAAGAGGCAGUCUCAUUGGAUUGA